CAAGCAGAAGUUGUUACAACCGAAAUGGUUAAUCCUGCGUACAAUGACAGCUUGCCACAAAGUGCAACCGAAGAAGGAAACACUUGUGAACAUGCCUCCGCUUGUAAUAAAGAAGCGGAUAUUCCUGGUUACGAUGGACCUGAGGGACAAUUGCGGGGCAACCAGCUUGCAGUGGUGACGAAGGGCAUGGAAAACCCUGCAUACGGGAUAGCGCCACAAGGAAAAGCAAAUCAAGAUUCACCAGGUACAAGUGAGCCUGAGGUGGAAAAUCACUUUGAAGACAUUGACUCUCUGAAAACAAAUGUGCAAGAUGGAAAUGUCAGCAACAUCUCAACAAGAGGUAGGAUGAAUCAAAAUCAAAGCUCAGUCGACGACGUUCAACAAGGACCAGCAGGAGGAGGUGCCAUACACGACAGUUCCUGGAUUAGAAGGAUGUUCCCAACUACCCUUUCUCGACUUAUCUGUGUCGUGGCCAUCGCUGCUGUUGUUAUGUGUGUGUUGGCAUCGACAGUGAUCAUCAUUAAGUCGACGACCAUCUCCAAAAACCAGAAACGGGUCCUCACUACGGAAUCUCCACAACCUUCGACGCUGCAACACAAGAUGACGGCCUCUGCAAACCAGACUGCAGCCACGGUGAUUCUGACGGAGUCUCCCAGUACCCUGCCAACAGAAAGGAGCCGUUUCUGCUUUCCAGGAAACUACAGUGACUGUGCCGAGCUCUACGAAGGCGGAUGUAAAACAAGCGGUGUUUACCGCAUCAUGCUCCAGAACAUCACAACUGUGGAUGUCUACUGUGACAUGGAUACUGACGGAGGAGGCUGGACUGUAAUCCAGCGCCGGCUUGAUGGAUCGGUUCGGUUUGACCGUACCUGGGAGGACUACAAACGUGGUUUCGGGAACAAGACCGGUGAAUACUGGCUGGGCAAUGACUACCUCCACCUACUGACCAACCAGAAGAACUACAGUCUCCGGGUCGACUGGACAAAUAAAGGAAAAUAUUACAAAAGUGUGUGCAGCCGCACUCACUUUAAGGUUUCCGAUGAAAAGAAUAAUUACAGACUGGAUACAGGUCCGCCUGCAGGUUUCAAAGUUCAUCCUUGUGAUCACAUGCUUACAUCUUAUUCUGCAUCUGGGUAUGCCUUCUCUACCGUGGACAGGGACAACGAUGUCAUAAAGGACUUUAGCUGUGCUAAGUGCUAUGGAGGUGGCUGGUGGUAUAAGAAUUGUGGUCCAGAUUUGUUCACCCAACAGUGGGCCCAUUGCAAUAAGAAGUUAAUUGUACAGCAGAAUUCCAUGAUGCUGAAGCCAGACCUGUCUACCUGAUAAGACGGAACAUUUGAGUUCUGUUAUGGGUGGUGGUGUCAUUUCUUUCUCAAAGGCCACAUUGGUUGAAUCAGAUGGAUGGCAUCUUCUGGGAGAAAGUCGCCAAGAAAAGUUGUCUUCAUUAUGAAAUUAGUGAAAGCUUGACAAAUGGCUGAAUGCAUAGCGUACUGUAGACUCCUUCUUGUUCUUUCACUGUUUUUCUUUACUUUAGAAUUCACUUUUGCAUUCUAGUAUCAGGUAUUGUUUUUGUGUUCUACGGCAUAUAUUUCCAUUUUGUGUAUCUUAUUUGUAAAAUCUGCAGCAUGGUUAAAAUAUUUUUGGAAACGCACGAGAUUUGAUUCGCUCGUUUACGUUAUCCAUAAUAUCUGAUCAAUAUGGCCAUAUUGUAGAAUAAAUGUUGAUAGUUUCUUUUGGACAGACUACAUAUACAGUGAUAUCAAAUUGUAAAUCUGUGUUAUCACGUGCACAAUAAAAGAAAGUCAAUAUCUUAUGAUCAUUGUAACCAUUGUUAAUAUAUCCUGUAUUAGAAUGUCAUUAUUACGAUUUGAUCAUUUCAAAAUCUUUCCAUUCGGUAUUUCCAAGUACAUAUAUUUGGUAAAAUCAAGCAAAUUUCUUUUAUUAUUAAUAGGAUUUAGUAAUAUGUAUAAUAUCGUAUGUCUGUAUAGCAAAUAAGAUUUUUUUCUAUCCAUGAAGUUGUUCAGAAGUAUAGCAUUACAAAAUCGGGCCCUUCGAAGCU